GUGAAGAAGAGAGGAGUGAAAUCUUCAUGUCAGAGACAUGGACAAACUCAUUCAUCUGAUCUUACUCUCUGGUCUUGUUUCAAUUCAGGGCAACAUAGGCAUUUCAGAAGAGAAUGUAGCUCCUAAAGGAACAGUUACACAGUCCUCCACAUAUCUCAACACCUGGGUAGCUCAACGUGCCAUAGAUGGUGUAAUAGAUAAAGACACAUACUGCUCCAUUACAUCAUAUGAAAUGAACUCAUGGUGGAGGCUGGAUCUUCUGAGCGAAUAUGAGAUUGGCACAGUGAUCGUCACCAACAGAGCAGAAGGUUGGGCAGAACAAACUAACGGAGCAGAGAUUCGUAUCGGAAACUCACUGGAAAACAAUGGAAACAACAAUCCCAUAUGUGUUGUUAUUCCUAAUCUUCAAGUCGGCACAUCGAUUAUUUUCUCAUGUAAUGGGACGGUGGGACGUUAUGUGAAUGUGGUCAUGCCUACAGUCCAGUAUCUCUCUCUGUGUGAGGUGGAGGUCUAUGGAACAGAGAAUUUGGCAUUGAAAGGAAAGGCUACACUCUCAUCUACCUUCAGCUCCUACACAGCUGCAAACGCCAUAGAUGGUGUCAGAUAUGGACCUGGUUUAGCAACCUGCUCUGCUACAUCAUCUGAAAUGAACUCAUGGUGGAGUUUGGAUCUUCUGGAUGAUUAUGAGAUCAGUACAGUGAUCAUCAGUAACAGAGGAGAUGACGGCCCUGAACAAACCAACGGAGCAGAGAUUCGUAUUGGAAACUCACUGGAAAACAAUGGAAACAACAAUCCCAUAUGUGCUGUAAUUCCUGAUCUUUCAGUCAAAUCUACAGUCAGUUUCUCAUGUAAUGGAAUGAGGGGACGUUAUGUGAAUGUGGUCAUACCUACAUUCCAGUGUCUCUCUCUGUGUGAGGUGGAGGUCUAUGGAACAGAGAAUUUGGCAUUGAAUGGAACGGCUACACACUCAUCUACCCACUCCUCAUAUGUAGCUGCAAACGCUAUAGAUGGUCUAAGAUAUAGACUUGGUCUCGCCCCAUCCUGCUCAAUUACAUCAUCUGAGAGUAACCCGUGGUGGAGGCUGGAUCUUCUGGGUGAUUAUAAGAUCAGUACAGUGAUCAUCAGUAACAGAAGAGAUGCCGGCGCUGAACAAACUAACGGAGCAGAGAUUCGUAUUGGAAACUCACUGGACAACAAUGGAAACAACAAUCCCAUAUGUGGUGUAUUUCCUAAUCUUCAAGUCGGCACAUCAAUUACUUUCUCAUGUAAUGGGAUGGUGGGUCGUUAUGUGAAUGUGGUCAUGCCUACAGUCCAGUAUCUCUCUCUGUGUGAGGUGGAGGUCUAUGGAACAGUUUAUCGUGAAAAAACCUUCCUGAGGCUGAAGUUCUCCUCCAGUGGUGAUGUAGCUGCUGAGAGCGACAAAAUCCUCCAUCAGCUGCAGUCUGCUCUGGCAUCACACAUCUCUGAUUUUAAUCUGUCCUGGACACAACUACCUGAGGAAGAAGAAGAACAGGAGGAGGAGGAACAGGAGGAGGAACAGAAGGAGGAACAGAAGGAGGACGGAAGCGAGUUCCUGUGUGAAACACCUUUAAUCUGGAUAUACCAACUGAAUGUUUAUGCAAAUACUGUUUCAUAUUAUUCUCUCAUUUCUAUUAUUGUUCUUCUCCAUUACUGACCUGAUGUGAAUGACGUGGUUUUCACAUCACUGUUGAACUUGGAUCUCAUUAUAGUCUUUAUUUGUGUUGUUGUGUGUGAUAGUCGAGAUCAAGUGUGUAGAACAACAGUAGUGUGCCAUGGGUCAAUGGUUCAACAAUAUCAAGUGAAUUUCAUAGCAAUUCAUUUUAUAAAUGUAAGAUCCUUUUAUUAAAACUGUCAUUAGAGAUUUCUAUUUCCCCAUUGUUUUAUUUACACGCAUUUGUUUUCUGUAUUGCUCAUAUCUGUAUUUGCCCUUUAAAAUUGUUUAAAUCAAUAUGGUAAAUGUUAACAGUCAUGCUAAU